AUGUGGAGAGGGCCAUGGUAUGUACCCGAACACAGAGUCUUAAAUCUCACCAACAACAGCCUCACAGGUAUGAUCCCUCCUUCUGUUGGAAAUGCCACAAAAAUGAUGAACUUCAGUUUGUCUGGGAAUAGAUUCAGCGGCAACAUUCCUAAGGAGGUCGGUUCCAUUCCAGCAGCACUGUUUAAUAUCUCGUCACUACUUUCCAUACAUCUGCGAUACAAUAGACUUUCUGGUCCUCUCUUGCUAGAUGAAGGGAAUAUUGUGUCAAAUCUGAAGUUUUUAAAGGCUAUUUUCAACAUAUCUUCUUUCGAAACGAUUGAUUUCAGUUUCAAUAACCUCUCGGGGAGAAUUCCAACCACUACAGGUCUUCAUCUUCCGAACCUUAAAGGACUUAACUUGGGAUUCAUUCAGCUCGAAGGAGAAAUUCCAUUGUUCAUAACAAAUGCUUCCAAGCUUGAGAUAUUGGGGCUAGAAAAUAACUAUCUGACAGGAACUAUUCCUACUAAUUUGGGAAAUCUUCAUGAGCUGCGAUAUCUGAUCCUACAUGAUAAUCAACUUACCAAUGAACCAAGAGAGCAUGAGUUGCGAUUCUUCAAUUCUUUGGCGGACUGUAGAAUGUUGCGAUAUCUACAAGUGGGUAACAAUCCAUUGAAUGGCACUCUGCCCAAUUCAAUUGGGAAUCUUUCAUCUACUAUUGAAAACUUUAAUAUAGUAGAUGCACACAUCAAUGGCCUCAUCCCCACAAGUAUAGGCAACAUGAGCGGUCUUACAGUCCUAAGCCUUGGAGGAAACAACUUGAUGGGAAAUAUUCCUCCUGAGAUUGGUAAGCUUAAACAACUCCAAGGUACUAUUCCUAAGUCAUUGGAAAAACUCUCUUACCUUGAAAGCAUUAAUGUUUCAUUUAAUGAUUUAGAAGGUGUAAUACCGAGUGGUGGUGUGUUUGCAAAUUCCACUCUGCGAUCAUUUCUUGGUAACAAAGGUCUUUGCGGAAUGCACAUAUUUGGGAUUCCUGCUUGUGCUAUCAAUAAUCCUGGAAAACAAUCAAAGCUUAAGAAGGUUGUGAUAAAAAUUGUUACUCCAGUGGUUAUUUCAUCUUUUAUGAUAUUCUUGUUCAUUUCAAUUUGGAUAAUGAAACGACAGAAGAAAGGGAAGUCCAAAGAUGUGGAGAAGGUACUGCAGAUCAAAACUCAUCAAUUAGUUUCUUAUCACGAGAUUCAACAAGCAACAAAUAAUUUUGAUGAUAAAUCAAAUUUAAUUGGUGAGGGAAGCUCUGGCUCUGUGUACAAAGGCAUUUUAUCUAGUGGAACUGUAGUGGCCAUAAAGGUUCUGGAUUUGGAAAAUGAGCAAGUAUGCAAGAGGUUUGAUACCGAAUGCAAAGUGAUGAGAAAUGUUAGACACAGAAAUCUUGUUCCAGUGAUCACUACAUGUUCUAGUGACUAUAUAAGAGGCUUUGUUAUGCCAAUUAUGCCCAAUGGAAGUCUUGAGAAUUGGCUGUACAAAGAAGAUCGCCACUUGAACCUUCAUCAAAGAGUAACUGUAAUGCUUGAUGCAGCUAUGGCAGUUGAAUAUCUACAUCAUUGUCAUGUUGCUCCAAUAGUUCAUUGCGACCUAAAGCCAGCCAACGUUCUUUUGGAUGAAGAUAUGGUGGCUCAUGUUGGUGAUUUUGGAAUCUCUAAAAUUUUAGCUAUAAGCAAGUCCAUGGCCUAUACCGAGACAUUGGGUACUCUUGGAUACAUUGCACCAGAAUAUGGCUCGGAGGGAAUAGUGUCCGCUAGUGGUGAUGUUUAUAGUUAUGGCAUUAUGUUGAUGGAGGUUUUGACCAAAAGACGGCCAACAGAUGAAGAUAUAUGCAAUGAAAAUCUUGACCUGAGGAAAUGGAUAACACAAUCAUUUUCAGGGAGUAUGAUGGAUGUUGUGGAUGCUAAUCUUUUUUCUGAGGAAGAACAAAUUACUUGUAAAAGUGAAAUGUGCAUAGCCUCCAUGAUAGAAUUGGCUUUAGACUGCACAAAGAAAAUGCCAGAAUCAAGAGUAACCAUGAAAGAAGUAGUCAAGAGGCUUAACAAAAUCAAGAACACAUUUUUGGAAAUGUAGAAGUGAUCAG